AUGGAGCCGCUGUGGAAGCUUGCAUAUUUGUUGGAACCGGCUUCUGUGACUCUCAUUUUGACAGCUAUAGCAGUGACAUUUGGUUCUGUGAUUCGAGCUUUUAACUAUGGGAAAGAAAUGGAGCGAAACCAUGACUCGUCUGAAGAAUCCAUUAUUUUAGAUAGGUCCAAAGCACUCAUGAUACCCGUUCUGUGCUCUUGCGGCCUUCUUUUGAUGUUCUACGUCUUCACUUCUAUCUCGCAACUUCUAAUUGCUUUCAUUGCAAUUGCCUCUGCUUCAUCCCUUUACUUAUGGCUUUCACCAUACACUGCCUAUAUGAGGUCACAAUUUGGUUUGGCUGACCCAUUUCUAUCUCGCUGUUGUUCCAAAUCAUUUACCCGAAUACAGGGGUUUCUACUGUUGCUAUGCUCCGGUAUAGUUGUAGCAUGGCUUAUUUCUGGACAUUGGAUGUUAAACAACUUGCUGGGCAUAUCUCUUUGUAUCUCGUUUGUGAGUCAUAUCCGCCUUCCCAACAUCAAAAUUUGUGCCAUGCUCCUUGGUGGUUUGUUUGUGUACGACAUAUUCUGGGUAUACUAUUCUGAGAGGCUUUUUGGUGCAAAUGUUAUGGUCUAUGUAGUAACACAGCAAUCAGCUAAUCUUGUUCACACAGUGGCUAAUAAGUUCAGUCUUCCUGGAAUGCAAUUGUUUACCAAAAAACUGGGGCUGCCUUAUAAGAUUGUAUUCCCCAGGAACUUGUGGCGUGGUGUGGUCCCAGAAAUUAAUGCUGCUGACUACAUAAUGCUUGGUCUGGGCGACAUGGUAAAACUUCUUUUAUGUGUGGUUACGCUAAUAAUCAAAAUCCUCUCUAAGCAUUGA